AUGUUCGACUAUGACCAGAAUCGCGGUCACACGGGCGUCAAUCAACUCGGCGGCGUGUUCGUCAACGGUCGACCCCUCCCGGACCACGUACGUCAGCGAAUUGUCGAGCUGUCCAAGUCUGGUGUGCGACCGUGCGAUAUUUCUCGACAGCUGCGAGUGUCCCACGGAUGCGUAUCGAAAAUCCUUGGCAGGUGAGU